UCCAGCUGACCGAAUCAACAGCCAACACGUGAGCAGAGCAGGAAUCUGAGUCGACAGACGCACUGAAGUCUCCCGUUCACACAAAUCACCACAGCGUUGCUAUCAACACGUCUUCAUCAGAUCAUCCACACUCUCUGAGACUAACAUUCAAUCAGCCACUCAUUCAGAGCACAUCUGCAUAAAAACCAAACAAACAUGACCGCCUCUCAUAGACAGAGAUGCACAGCAGUGUGUGUUUAAUCCUGGUGCUGUUCCCCUCAUGGAGAUCGUGUCCAGUUCACAGGAGGACUGAUGAAGCCUCCUCAUCAGCUUCAGUCUUUUCUUCUCCUGCUGCUGUACGCUGACAUGGAGCCUCAGAGACCUGAGCCGAUCAGCUGGGAGGACGAGGGCGAUGAAGAGGAGGAAGAGGAGGAAGUGAUCAUGCAGCUGGAGGAUGGAGGCUAUGAGUCGUCCAUCUCUCGGGAGAAACAGGACGCAGUGACCUGCAGCGGAAACACCAGCACUGACCGUCCAAUCAGCCUCAAGACGGAUAAAUCAGGUCGUCUCCUCUUGGAGACUCCUGAUGACCUCCAGAACCUUCUGCUGCUGAGGAAGACCAAGAGAGAGCAGAGAGCUGCUGUGAGGAAGCCUGCUGCUGCUCCCCCUGCUGUCCAGACAGUGCCGUAUUAUGUGGACGAAGACGACUUCUUUAAGGCCUGUGAUCAGAAGCAGCUGCUGGUGAUCGACAGGUACCUGUCCACAGGUGGAGACAUCAACGCCUGCGACACAUUCCAGCGUACAGGUCUGCACAGAGCGUCUGCUCAGGGUCACACAGAGGUCGUCAGUAAACUGAUGGAGGCUGGACUGAACCUCCACAGCAGAGACAAGCUGCAGUCCACUUGUCUCCACUCAGCCUGUCGAGGAGGACAUCUGUCUGUCCUCAAACUGCUGCUGGACCACGGAGCAGACCUGGCUGCAACAGACAAGCUUGACAGCACUCCUCUUCAUGUCUCUGUGAGAACCGGGCACUUCGACUGUGUUGAACACCUGAUCCACUGUGGAGCUGAAAUCAACACCCAGGACAGAGAGGGAGACACUCCUCUUCACGAUGCUGUUCGACUCAACAGAUGUAAAAUCAUCCAGCUGUUGUUGCUGCAUGGAGCCGACACACACAUCACCAACCAGGACGGACGUUGUCCUCUGGACGGUGUGUUGGAGUGGCAGAAUGAAACAAAGACUCUCCUGGAUGCACAGAACAACAGGAAGUGAUGUCACUGACAGCUCUGCAGAUCAGCCAAUCACUGAUCUGUGCUGUGAGACUCCUCAUUGUUUUUUUCGGUGAAGUAAAUGUCAACAAUGUCUGUCAAUAUUUAUAUCAAUUUUAUUUUUAUCCUCCAACAUUUCUUCUUCUUCUUCUUCUUCUUCUUCUUCCUCUGGCUCAAAGUGAUCAAUAAUGUUCUCUCUCAGAUCAAUAAUGUUUAUCAAUGCUGAGCUCCUUAGACUUUCACAUGGUGUUUGAGUGUGAUGUCUGUAUCGGACAGGUCCUGUUAAAAUGAUCAGCUGUGAUCAAUCAAAUCAACCUCAUGUCCAGAAGACCUGUAAUUAAUCAAUAUAAUAAAUUGAUUGAGCCAAA